ACCCAUACCUCUCAUAAUAAAGAUAGACAGAAAGAGCUUCCAUCCACUGUGUCUCUUGUUCCUCUCUGUGUUGGGUUGCUGGGAAGGGAGCGGGCUUCUACAACUUCUCACGUCCCUACUGCUGUUGGGAGGGUUCGAAGUCCGGAUCGGGGAUCUACGACAACUACGUUAUUCAACACGUCAUCAGCACUGCUCUACCUCGACUCGUGGAUCCGAUCGGCAACAACUCUCCACCACGUCGGCAGGUCCUCUGGCCUUGCCGAACUGUCCUACGCGACAGGCUUCGUUCUCAUUCGUCGAACCAGGAAUCGUGGCUAUGGCUGAAGGCAGCAAGACUGACUUCGCGGAGCUUGCCCUGAAUGGCAAGAACUACCUGACCUGGGCUGACGACUGCCAGUUUCAUCUGGAGGCGAUGCAGCUGGGAAAGGCGAUCGUUCGGCUAGGCCCAAACGACAUCGGCCUGCAGCUUCAUGAGAAGGCAAAAGCUGCGAUCUUUCUGAGGCGCCACAUCCAUCCAGAUCUGAAGAUGGAGUAUCUGGAGGUGAAAGACCCUCUAAUACUGUGGACAAAGCUACGAGAGCGCUUCGGUGUGCAGAAGCAUGUGAUGCUUCCACGGGCGCAACAGGAAUGGGCCACACUCCGCUUCCUCGACUUCAAGACUGUGGAGGCUUACAACACUGCCAUUCAUCGCAUUGUCGCUCAGCUACGUUUCUGUGGCCAGAUAGUCACAGACCUGGAGAUGAUUGAGAAAACUCUCCAGACCUUUCACCCCUUCAACAUGGUGCUUCAGCAGCAGUACCGAAACAACAAGUACACGAAGUACUGUGAGCUCGUCAACAUGUUGCUUGGCGCAGAGGCUCAGAAUGAGCUCCUGAUGCAAAACUACCAGAAGCGUCCUGUCGGCGCUGCGGCCGUACCAGAAGCACAUGCCAACUUCCCGUCUCAGGGGAAGAGAGGCUCCUCCAGAGGAAGGGGUCGUGGGCGCCGCAAUAAUCAGGGGCCGACGAGGGGAACUUUUAAGAAGCAGUCACAGAAUGGCAGCGGCAGUAGCAGCAACAAUGGUCGUGGCAGAGGCAGAGGCAAAGGCAAAAGCAACCCCCAGCAGGGCGAUGCAAGUGCCUCAAAGCAUGCUGGCGAAGGAUGUUUCAGGUGCGGGUCUCAGCAGCACUGGUCCCGUACAUGCACCACUGAGAAAUACCUGAUUGACAUAUAUCAGGAAUGGAAGAAACGCCAGAACUCAGAGGCUCACUUUAUCCAGGCGCCUGUAGACGCCACAUCUGGAGAGCACCUUGAGUUGCCUCAACCUGCUGCACAUUUCGAGCAUGCUGCCAUAAAUGUUGAUGCCACAACUAAGAGCGAUACUCCGUUAGGCAAAGUCGACUUCGAUUUCGAUACUGAUGAUCUCCUGUAGUUGAUCAAGUUAUCAGCCAUUAGCUCCGCAUUUAUUUCCAUAGCAAUUUUAUUUCUAGAAGAACAUUUAUUUGGUUAUGAUGUAAUAAAUGCUCCUGCUGAGCCCAUACUAUUUGGUUGAUUGA